AUGGUUGGGAAGUUGAUGGUGAUGAGGUUUGUGUUGGCCAUAUCUGUCUUAAGCUCUCUCCUUCUGACAUCCUCGGCACAGACAUGCAAGGGACAAACCUUCACUAAUAACAAGGUUUACACUUCAUGUCGUGAUCUUCCCCACUUAACCUCGUACCUCCACUGGACCUAUAACCAGAACACAGGAAGUUUGGACAUAGCAUUCAGACACUCUGGAAUUUCAUCGACAAACAGGUGGGUUGCAUGGGCUAUCAACCCCACCAACAACCUUAAUUCAGCUAUGGUUGGAGCACAGGCUCUGGUGGCUAUACCAAAAUCAGGUGGCGCCCCUAGGGCAUAUACUUCUUCUAUCUCUGGCUAUUCAACCCAGUUGGCUGAGGGAAACAUCUCUUAUCCUCACUCUGGCUUGACGGCUACCCAUCAGGGUAAUGAGGUAACCAUUUAUGCUACCCUCACUCUUCCCAAUGGUACCACCAACUUGGUCCACCUUUGGCAAGAUGGUCCUAUCAGUGGCUCUACCCCUGGAAUCCAUGACCAGAAUCCUGCUAACCUCGGAGCCAAGGAAAGCUUGAAUCUUACUGGAACAGUGUAA